AUGGCUGAGAGUUCAAGGAAGAGCAGUUUGAACUACAGCGGCCAGCGACCCGCCAUGGCUGAGAGUUCAAGAAAGAGCAGCGUGAACGACAGUGGCCAACCACACGCCACGACCGUGCGCUCAAAGACUCCCAGUUUGUCGUCGAAAUCGUCCAAGUCGUCGGAAAAGUCACGCUCGUCUAACGAAAAGACUAUCGGUCCUGACAAGAAGCGCCGGAAGCCUUCAUUCUCGGAGGAAGCCGCCAGCAAGGUUUCGCUGACGUCAGAGAAAUCCCUGGACAUACCUACGGUGCCCACCCUCUCAAGGCGACUGCCGUCAAAGAGAAAAUACAGCGCAGAAAAGGUGUCAAUGACGACGGAGAGGUCUAUGGACAUACAUACGAUAUCAAGGCUUUCGAAACCAGUGCACUCAAGGACACACAUAAGCACAGAUAAGAUUGCCGAUCAUAGCACCGCGGAGACACCGAGAACCAGACGCAAACACAAAAUCGUCAUGGUGCUCGCCACAGUUGGGCUGCUGCUGGUCAUCGGCAUUCUGCUGGCGGCCUACUUCUACACGACUGACACGAGGCGAAAGAAAGUGGCGACCUGUGUCACCGACGACUGCGUCGCCUUUGGCCAAGAACUGAGCGCAGCCAUCAACAGGGCCGCAGACCCGUGCCAGGACUUCCACGCGUACGUCUGCGGCAAGUGGGACGACCCCAGUCGCCAGGUGUCCACCGAAGACCGGAUGAGGGUCGCAGCCCUAAACAUGGCAGUCAGGGACGUCAGAGAGGACACGUCACUCGUCGGGAAAGCGGCGCAAUUCUUUGAGAGCUGCAACAGGGCCGCCACAGACCUCAAGGAGAACCUGAGACAGUUCACCGAGUUCCGCCAAUCCCUUGGGCUGACCUGGCCCGAGCGCAGCACACUAUACUUGAAGCACCCGCUGGACAUCAUGGUCGACUUGGCGUUGAACUGGCAGAUGAACUUCCUGUUCGACAUAAACACUAUUGUGGUUCGAGAAUCUCCAACGCUUCUCAUUCUGCGCGGUCGUCUGGACUCCGUUUGGGAGCAGGACAAGCGUAACCCGAGGACACCCGAGCAGUACGAAGUUUACUUGAGCGACUACUGCGAAAUACUCGGUGUCAGUCGCUCACAAGUCAAAAUCAAAACGGCCGAUCUGAUUCAAAUUGAAAAUAACAUUGUCGAAGCCAAGAUCGAUUUCCUCUAUGACGCCCCUCGACAAGAUUGGUUCAGUUUAAGCGACCUCGAUGGUAAGACACCGACGCUGCCAGCGGGGUUCUGGCUAGACGUCCUCGCUAAGCACGACAAACAGUUCAACUGGACCCGUGACAGCACAGUGAUCGUCGAGGAUGUCAAGAUACUAGGAACUACGGAAAAAUUGCUGAAGAGUUUCACUCGCGAAGGUUUAGUCACAGCGUUGUCGUGGAUAUUUAUUCAGACACACCUGUGGGCUGUCGUCGGUAUGCCAUCAUUAAGAUUUCGCGGCUCGGACUCUCAACUGAAGACCAUAAACGAGCACGGCUGCAUGACCUACGUCGAAUCUCUUCUCGGUCUGUCCGGCGUGUCGAAAAUGAUGACCGACCGCUACGGCCACAUCGAAAGCCGGCUCCAUGCAUUCAGCUUCCUGCGCAGAAUGAAUGAGAAUAUUAAGCGUCUGGUGAACGACCUGCCAUGGAUGGACGAAGAUAGCAAGCGGAUGGCAUUUUCGAAGCUGGACAAAAUGAACCGCGUCGUAAUGCCGCACGACAGCUUCUUCGUCAAAAAGGAACGCGAGGCCCUGUACAGCGUGUUUCCGGACAUGAACGGCAAGACUUUUAUGACGAACUUAUUGGGCGCCUCUAAAGUUUAUCAGAGCCUCCGAAACCAUGAACGCUUUCAGGACGUGUACAGCGUUCGCACGUUUCCCCGUUUCGGCCGUGCGUUUUAUUUAUACUUGCCCAACUCGAUGACACUCGCGAUCGGCGACUUGAACCCGCCGCUCUUUUACCAUAACGCCACGCUGGCCAUUAAAUACGGCGCACUGGGCUCAAUAGCGGGUCAACAGAUUGUCAAAUCGUUAGACGAAACAGGCGUCACCGUAGAUGUCGCUGGUGUGCGCGGACCAUGGCUGAAGCCCCCGGCAGCCGCAGUGCACGCCCAGAAGUCCAACUGCGACGUCCAGACUACGACGGACACCAACAAGUGGCGUCCGCUGCGAGUGUUUCCCGCUGUGGCGGGCCUGGAAGUGGCGUUCGCCAGCUUUAGCGCGGCGGUAACGCUGGACUACCUCGCCCUGGACGACUUCCGGAUUCUUCACCUCGAACAGUUCACGGACAGGCAGAUCUUUUUCCUCGCGUUCUGCUAUGCGCACUGCUCAAAGCGACCGCAGACGGGAGGCGACGAGUGUAAUGUGCCGGUGAAGAACUCGCCCCAUUUUGCGGAAUCUUUUAAGUGCCCCUCAAAUAGUCCCAUGAAUCCGUCCAAGAAGUGCCAGUUUUUUUUACCAUGAUCAAUGCUACCGUUCUUUUUUUCUUGGUGAAUGCGUAGUUUGACUUUUUAUUCUUUAUUUUAGCGUGAUCGAGAGCCUUAAAAACUGCACGCCUGUCAACCCAGCUGGGAAUUAUCGCACGAAUAUCAAAUGCGUAUUUGAUAUGCUAAAAAUUUCUCGAGGUACCAUCGGCUCUUCAUUUAUCCGCUUUCUUUUGAAGCUCUAAAUAAUGCUUUGCCAUAAAACGAAUAUAUUACAAAUGCCGAAAGGAUUAUAUUUAAACAAACUCUGUUGGGUUGAUGCCUUUACACACAUGCUGUAUUUAAGCGUGAAUACCGGAAAACGUAAUUCAUAGUCUAUAUUUUUCGA